UAGCAUUCCCUCGCAACAAAAUGGCGGACGGCGAAGGUGGCCCGGGUCGAAAAUUACCUCCAAUUUCACCUCGUCCGAAAAAUACCGACACCGAUGCUGCAGUUAAACCUGUCAGAAAAAAGAAAAAGAAGCCGGCUGCAGAUCCCGACGUUGGGUCGGGCACGGAAGAUGCUAAACCGACCCCAAGGCGAAGGAGAAGGACGCCAAGUGCGAGUAGAGACACGGAUGGAGAAGAGAAACCAGUCGAGGAGGCGACAACACCAGCUCCAAAAAAGAAAAAGAAGAAGGCAAAACCGAAAGAACCUGCUACUGUGACUGAUGAACAGCCGGUGUCUGACAGGAGUGCCACGAGAGAUGAGGAUGUCACAGGUAGUAAAGCAAGUCUCAUCACAAAGGAGAGCAAGGAAGGAACUCCAAGGAAGAAGGCCAAGAAGAAGAAGGUGGUGAAGAAGAAGACGGAGGACAAUGAGUACGCUGACAGCGGGCUUGCAGCUGAUCUCACAAGUAUUGAGGAAGACAUUAUUAAAGAUUAUGACCAGAAAGAAGACAUCGAGUUGCCACAGACUACCAAUGUCGGAGUCCUACGGAGUCAGCCAACACAGAAAAUAUAUGUGGAAACGAUAGGUGGUUUCAAGAAAGAAAACAAAACAAAAAUGGCCAAAAGACUCGCAGCUGAAGAAGCUGAGAAGAAGGUUGAAUCUGAAUCCCCACGCAAGACAACAAUAGAGCUAGCCCUUACCACGUACCGUAUCAUGAAGACAAUCACACUCUUCAUACACGGCCUGACUGCCGGGCUGGCACUGUGGCAGAUUGUCAUUGUGUAUAUACUCAGUUCAUUCGGCAGCACCGACUUCCUGGAACACUACCAGACCCUGGCGCUUCCCGUCCAGUGCUGUGCCUACCUCCUGCUGGCCCUGUGUGUCGUGUCUACCUGUGACAGAUUUGACAUCGGCCAUAUCACACGGAGGUUUCUGCUGCAAGCAUUCACCCUCCAGAACGGUGCUGUCUCCAUCAUCUUCUACCUCACUGCUGCAAUCCUCAGCGUCAGCAUCGUCUCCACGGAGGACAGGAUGCACCUCUACAACAAGAACCCCGAACUCUGGGCUGAUGCUGAUAAGACGGAGUCGGAGCUGUCAGAAUGGAGAAGGAUUAACACGGCCCGAGGGGUGUUUGCAAUCUUGGGUUGGCUGGUGCUCUCAAUAUCCCCCAAUGCUGACCGGCUCAGCAAGAAUCUCAGGGACGGGGAUGAUGACGAACUACUGGGGAACGAGCAGGCAGAGACAGGGGUGUCCGCAGCCUAGGGGACGAAGAAGAACUGAAGAACCGUUGGGGAGGGGACAGGCACAGGGAGAGUCAUGUGGCCUAGACUUUGUUAGGGUGGGGGAGGGAAUUAUAGGAGGCUUCAGGAGAGGGCAGAGCAGAUCUACAUUGUCUUAUGACAGGUAUGCAACUUUACCUGAAACAUUUACUUGCCCCAAUAGUGAUACCAUAAAGGAUUGUGCCAACCCCGCUUUCUUGGCAUCCAGUAUAAGAACUCUUGGGUCAUAUCAGUGUACACAGCUGGUACAAGUAAAUUCUCCUGGGAUUUCACAUAAAAUGCAUGUUCAUAAGCUUCUUGCUUAAUAUUUUAUAGAUCUGUGAAUCUUUGAAAGAAACAAAGAUGGAAAAUAAUUUUCAACACUGAAAUAUUUCAGGCAUCAAACGUACUACAGCAUCCAGAAUACCACUUAACAGGGCACAGCAUCCGGCCUUCCAAAAGAGGGUUGGCAUCCUCGUAUAAGGCCUGAAUUCUACUAGCUUUUGGUAUAGCUUUAUCAUUACACAAAAUUACCAGGGUUAGCAGGCCAGAGACAAGUUGUGUCCCAGCUGAUGACCAGCUUGUGGCAGUGUUUGAAAUAAUUUAAAACUAAACAAGACAGUUGGGCAGGUGACCCAUAAAUAUUGCCAGCCAUCUUCAAAGUUACCUGAUAUUAUAAUUAUUGAAAAAUCGUGAAAAAAAAGAAACAAAUCGCGCCUUGAUUAUAAUUACUUGAGAAUGUAAGAGGAGUUAAAAUAUAACUGAAUACAUAGGUAGUCCUAAUAUUAUGUGCCAGAUAGUCGAGCAGGUGAAGGAAAAUUUCAUGCAGCCCGACAAGAAGUUAACAGCCACGGGCAGUUGGUCAGGCAGUUAUUUCGGGACAUUGGCUUGUGGUAUCUUAACAGUCUAAAUUGUGUGGGGAAGAAAUUGCUUGAAAUCUUUCUUUAUGCAGGCAGAGAUCAUGGGGAUGUGGCAGCUCACUGAGCAAGUGGCUUCUCAUGUGUCCUGGUACUAUAAUUAUAUUUCAGGAAUUGGUUUGCACAGGAAUCAUGAAUCAGGGUUUCUCAUGUAACUGUUGGGUGACAUCCUGUUCAUCGGGAAGCCCUUUUCAGACUAUUGGUCAUGUUGGUAUUUGGUACACAGAGUUCCCUCUCUUAGCCAUACCAGGAUCCAUGUUAAUGAUUCAAAUCUCCAGCUCAUGGAAAUCUCAUUUCUGAAUGGUGGUUAAAGUAAAAUGAGUUGAUUUGCGGAAACAUCACGUAGUGAUUUCCACUAGUCUUGUGAGUAACUUUGGCAGACUUCUUCCAUUUAGCAAGGAGGAAAUAUGUCAUAUUAUUUGUUUGAAAAUGUGUGUUUGUUUAGUAUCCAUUAGAACAGCAGUGAGUUGAAAGAAUGCUGUGAAGUCUGGUUUGACAAAAUACCCUUUUUGAUAGUUGAUUUGUGAUGUUCAAAUAUUUUUGGAUUUACUUUUUGGGUCAUGUAAUUAUUCACUUUUGCUCAUAUUAAAUCCAUUACACGAGGUGAGGUGAAAUUGGGUUUAACGUCGCGUCCAAGAUUAUUGCACUUAUAUAGCGACGUGUGUGGCUGCUUGUACUAGACCGGACUGAUGCCAAUUUAUAGUGCUAGCCCGCUGAGAUACC